CAACAAAGUCUCUGCGACAAGAAACUAGCUAUUGAAACCCAUCUUCGAGAGCUUGAAUUGCAAGUUGUGGAGCCGCCUCGUGUUGGAAGUUACAAUUCAAUUUGUGGAAACUGUCACAUUCGUGGUCACCGAAGUGAUGGUAACAAAAAGAAUGAUAAGUAUAACGCGCCUCCUCGUACUUCGUACUUCAUGUGUGGUCGAAAAAAGAAACAGUGAGCAUUUUGAAGAAAUAAAGAAGAGGAAACGCGAACUAAAGAAAGUCACUCGUGCAAUUGAAAAAGUAAACAUGGAGAAAAAAACCUAG